GCCGCAAAAAAUUCAACUGAAUUUCAGGGAGGUCCUGGGAUGUAUGGAAUGCAGGAAUAUAAGUGAUACAAGGAUGUAAAGGAUACUGGCAUUUUCAUGUAGGUGUGCUCUCUGCAUGCAUACCUAAUUUCAUCCGGCGGUGUCUGGGACCCCAUAAAACAUGACACCUCGAAAACAGAGACAUAUCCAGUCUUUCGCAUCUGUAGUCACUGUAUUAUAUUUAAAUUUCUCUGUAAAAAUGGGAGGCCAUGGUCAUGGUCAUAAACCACCGUAUCUAGUUCCAAGUCCUGAUAUAUACAAAGUGGAGGAUGUACCAGAACUGAUGCGUGUUAGAGAAAAAUUGGCUGAAAAAGGACUGAAGGAUCCUUGGUUGAGAAAUGAAGUGUGGCGUUAUACAACUUUGCCAGGACCUCCUAUACGUAGAGCACUGGUACCACUUUUGAGGGGUGCUAUAUUUGGAAUUCCAGCAUUUUUAAUAACCAUAGCUGUAGAAAAUUAUCUUGGAGUUGAUGGCCAUGGACAUGAAAAUGGUGAUCAUCAUUAAGAUUAUUCAGAAAAACAGUUUAUAUAUAUAGUAAGAUAAAAUAGUACUUUUACCCUUGUAUCAGUUAUACAUUAAAAAUAAACUAUGAUUUCAAAUUUAAA